GGGACGCCGAGAGUUCGCAGUGCAUUCUGUAUUUGCUUGAGAUGAUUCGCCAAUAAUAGGCAUGGCGACAGCUUGAUUGACCAUCAGGUGCCUGUCACCAUAGGUGCUACAUAAGUUGAUGGGACAUGGACGAAUUCGACGUGGUGAGCAGUGUACCUUGGAUGAAGAUGUGCAUACAGAGUUCAAAAUGCACACAAUGAAUUCACUAUUCGAAAUUCCUCCUUACUAUCAAGCCUUCAUUAACGGACGCCCUGUGCGCAAACAGCCAAUAAGCAAGACCAUCUCUGCGUUUUUGAAUACUGAAGGUGGCACAAUCUACGCGGGAAUUGAUGAUCAGGCUGUUAUCCGUGGAAUCGAGAUGACUGCACCCAUGAAGGACCACUUCAUUCUCUCUUUGAAUCAUUCCUUGUCGCAGUUCACUCCACCAGUCCCUCCUGAACUUGUUCAAGUGCAAUUUUUGGAAAUAGACGACCCUGGCAACAAUGAAAACGCAGAAGUUCCAUCGCCCGCAGAGAUGCCAACCGCCUAUGAUGCUUUGAACGGUAAUGAGGACAAUAGUGAAGCAGAAUUCCAAAGACCGGUGACUAAGGAGGACCCACGUGCACACCACGUGCUGGGAGAGGCCUGUUUUUGCGACUUCGAUUAUCACGAGUACAAGCUGUACUUGAUUGUCAUCGAGGUUCACAAAUCUACCAAUGGAACUAUCUAUCAAAAUGAGGAAGGGCUAGCUUAUCGUCGCAAUAAUUGUGUAAAUCAGAUGAUGACCAUAAGCGAUCUCAACACUUUCACGCAAACUGAUCUUAUCGAAGAAACUGGUGGAUGGUUGGAUUGGCUGAGAAAAUUGCCGCUUCUUCACUUGCUUUGUUGGGUGCAAAAACACUUCCGCGAGGACGUUAACAACGGUUAAGUUAUUAGCAUACGCCAUAUUAGCGCCCAUGGAGGAAAUAACUUCCAAUUUCACGCCUUCUUUGAAUAGCGUAUGUUUUCUUCGGUCUCAUCUCAGUUGAUGUCAUAGCUACAUACAUCGAUCAAAUUUCUUGAGUUCAAA